UACUAUUUGAGGCAGUUCCAAUUUUGGCGAACACUUACACUGACCAAAUUUCUGAGGCGGAUGCAACUUGUCAUAGGAUGUGCAGGAAGAAAUUUAAGAGUACCAGUCAGAAAGGUUUUCCUCUAAAGAAUAUAGGUGAUACACUUGGUACAACAAAGGCAAUUGCUAGUGUGAUCCCUCAUAUUGAUGAAGAAAUUCCUCUUCUCGAUUUAAUCAUGGAAGAAGCUGAGGAAGACGAUACCCAUGAUGUCGUAGUUGCCAGUUGGAUGUGGCGCCUUCGUAGAGGACUACCUGUACUUUUGGAGGAGAUGUACACAGCCGAUGUGGCUACUCGUUCAGGACAAAAUGAUGCGAAUGAGGAAAUAGACGCCAAUGAACAACCGAGAGAAGAUACUAUUGAGUUGGUGGAUCUUCUAAGGACCAUGAAAUCUGGGACAACUGGGACCAUUGGGUACAACUAUGUGACAAUGCCAAAGACUUCAAUCAUACGCUUUCUUUAUGAUGGAUAUUAUUCAAGUAUCGGAGAAGAUGUACGAUGGAUUUCAAGAGAAAAUAAGGAAGUGUAUUCUUUUCUUAUGAAGACAUCAUCUAGUGAUGUAUCAUAUGCUAAGUUGGUUGAGAAGAUAUGCAGCAAGAUAAGGGUAGAUGAGGCUAUGAAAAAUCUGAGAGAUGUGUCUAAAGAAGGGUUUAGAAGUGUUUUGCAUGUCGAAGUUACCAAUAAUGAAGAACAAAAUCAGGGGAUCGAUGAAAAUGAGGGGUUUGAUCAAGUUUUGAUAAAGGAUUUGGCAACAAGAAAUCUUCCAAAUAAUGAAGAGAUUGCUCUAAUUGGUGGAGCGAAUGAUAAUGGUGGAGCGAAUAAAGAGAUUGCUCUAAUUGAUGGAGCGAAUAAAGAGAUUGCUCUAGUUGGUGAAACGAAUGGCAGUGGUGGUGGUGGUAUCGUAGAUAUGUACGUAUGA